AUGAUUCAGCCAGACAUGUCUGCAGCAAUGGGUUUAUUGUCUCAUUUGAACACCGACGAGCUGAAAGAAAUUUUAAACGACGACAACAAAUUUGACGCAGUCCUGAAGGAUGUGGAGCAGGUAAAAGAAUGGGAAGCUGAGAAAGAAAUGAUAAUAGCAAGCAAUAGGUCUUUAGCAGAGUUCAAUUUAACUAAAGAGCCAGAAUUAGAGAAAAUGAAACAACAAGUGUUGGAGAAGUCAGAGAGUGGUGAAAGACUGUGCACACAUAUUCAGGAAUUAUUAGAAGAGUACAAAUCAAAGUCAGCAGGAAUAUCAGCCGAUACAACAUUAGCAUUACUGCAGACUUCAGCUGCUGAAACUGAAGAGGAAUCGGAAAACAUUGCACAAGAUUUUCUUUCAGGUAAAAUAGAUGCAGAAAAAUUUCUAGAAGACUUUGAGCCUAUUCGAACAAAGAUGCAUCUCAAGAAGUUUAAAGCUGAAAAAAUGAGUGAACUUAUCAGAACUGGCCAAACAUCAUAUGGAAAUGGUUUCUCAAAACCUUACUUGCCAUAUCCAAGCUAUGGACCUCCGAGUGUCCCAAACGUGCCAUAUCCAGUUGGUCCCCUAAACAUGCCAAUGCCAGGCAUGUAUGGAAAUCAUUUUUGA